AUUGAUAUUGAUUACACCUUAAAAAGAACAAAACGAAUUGCAAAUUUAAGAGACUGAUUCAAAAUGAUUUCUAUUCUACUCGACAUUGAUAAGAUUGAUAAAUAAUAGAUAUAAAUAAUAAUUUUUUUAGAUAAAAUAUUAAAACUAGAUUAAAGAUUAAUAAUUAUUUUGGUGAUACUGAAACGUUGCGUUAUAAAAGGUAGGUAAUCAAAAUAUGGUUUGCGGUAGUAGUACACAAGAAGAUAAAAAUGACCAUGAACGGUAUACCACGAAAUUUUUGGGCACAAAUAAAUUAUUGUUACUGGGUACUGGAGAAUCUGGUAAAACUACUAUUAUUAAACAGAUGAAAAUUUUGCACAUCAACGGGUAUUCGAACAUUGAACGUAAAGAAAAAAUUCCACUUAUAAAACAAAACAUUCACGAGUCUAUAUAUGCUAUAGUUAGUAAUAUGGAUAAACUUGAUCCGCCUGUAGAUGUAGAAAAAGCAGAAACUAAAGAGUCCGUUGACUUUAUUUUGAAAUUAGGAUCCACAGGACCUAGUGAAUUUACAGAGGAGUACGUACGUCAUGUAAAAGCAGCUUGGAAUGAUGGAGGAGUAAGAAAAACUUUUGAAAGAUCCAAUGAAUAUCAACUUAUUGACAGUACAGAGAUAUUUUUGAAUAAAAUAGACGAAAUCAACGACCCGGAGUACAUACCAACGAAUCAAGACAUUUUAUUCUGUAGAGCUGUAACAAGAUCAAUUACAAAAAUUGAGUUUGAUAUACCGGUACCAAAAAAAUACGGUGGUGGUACCGCAGAAUUUUGGAUGUUCGACGUCGGUGGGCAAAGAGGAGAAAGAAAAAAAUGGAUUAAAGUAUUUGCUGGAAUACAAGCAAUAUUGUUUCUUAUAGCAGCUAGCGAUUUCGAUAUGACAUUAAGAGAAGAUUCCUCUGUUAAUAGACUCAAGGAAGCCUUUAAUCUCUUUAGAGAUAUAUAUUCGAGUGUGUCUGUGAAAGACGCUGCCAUGAUUGUUUUCCUGAAUAAACAAGAUGUGCUACAAAAGAAAAUUGAACAAGGAAGAAAACUGGAAAAAUACUUCCCUGAAUAUACUAAUUUCAAACCAAACGGGAAAGAAGAAUGUAACAAUGAAUAUGAUAGAGCAAAAAUAUUUUUGAAACAAAAAAUAAUAGGAAUUGCUCAAACACCUGUAUUCAUCGAAAACAUGGGAUUUGCACCAGGAAAGAAUAUUACUGAGCAAUUACCGCCGAGAGAAGUUUACAUUCAUUAUACUAUUGCUACCGAUACGAAUAAUAUCAAAAAAGUUUUCGAUUCUGUUCAUGAAAGUAUCCUCAGAAAAAGAGUUUCAGAAAUUGGAUUAUAUUAAAUAAAAUUGUUUGUCAAAA